AUGGAGACUGCUGGAAGCAAGAAGCAGAGCACAGAAGAGCCAGGGGAAGAAGUGGAAGGGCAGAUGUCUAGUCAACCGAGCACGUCUACUGGGAAGACUAAGGCAACGGGGAAAAAACAAAAAAAGUCAGAGAAAGACAACGGUUGUAAACCAAAGGAGGAAAUAGCACAAGACACUGAGACACCAGGACACACUCGUAGGAAGGUACCAGUUCCUCCUUUUCCAGAGCAUCUGCCCCCAGUGAACCUGAUUCACCGAGAUGUGUUGCGGGCAUGGUGUCAUCAGAAGAAUCUGAGCAGCAAAGGCCAGAAAUUAGAUGCUUAUAGACGACUCCUUGCAAGGGCUUUCCCAAAGCAAAUGGAAGAGUUGAAGAAUAUUCCUGACUCAGCCAAAGAUGCCAGGUUGAAGGCAUCUAGAAAAAGAAUGAAGACCGAACCAGGGGAAGAAGAAUCUCAGGUGACAGUUCCCCUUGAAAUUGUCACUGUACCAGAGGAACAGGUACCCGCUCUCAUUGAUCCUCCUGUGCUCUAUGAGGAAGUCAGCACCACGGUUGUGACUACUUCCGCCUCCGAGGCAGUGUUGGCAUCUUGGGCCAGAAUUGCAUCCAAUGCUAAGAAGCUUGAGGCGGUGUCGUCCAAUGCCACAUCAGAAGUCAAAGGGGAAAUGUGGUGUGUGAUUCACGGGACAAGCCUUCCUUCGAAUUCACGUGGUUGGGUUCGGCUGCAGUUCCAUGCUGGACAAGCCUGGGUACCCGAUAAGAAAGGGAAAGCGACUGCCCUCUUCCUGCUUCCAGCCUGCACAUUUCCACCCCCACACCUGGAGGACAACAUGCUGUGUCCCAAGUGUGUUCAUAGGAACAAGAUCUUAUCUAAGAGCCUUGAAGGAUAA